CAAAACUAGGUAAUUUUUUGGUGCUUCACAAUGUGGACGAUGGGUUCUCAUGGCGAUGGCAGGGAGAUCACUAACCUCUCCGACCCAGUCAGUGGUUUUAAGCUUCGGCCCCUCAUUCCAAAGCCAACAUCUGUUAUCCCCAGAAAUUCAAUAAUAUCUCCAAUAUUGGCCCCUCCUUAUCGUGAUUGCAGCACUCAUUUCACUACCAGUCUUUACUCAUUGAAUCACCAACCAGGCCGUUAUGUAACUGAACAAUUUAGGACAAAUUUCAACCCGCAGCCAUUGGUGACUACUCGGUGGAAUCCAACUUCGGAACAGCUUCUGGCCCUUGAAGAUUUGUAUCGGCGUGGAACACGAACUCCAACAGCUGAGCAAAUCCAUCAGAUUGCAGCAUAUCUUCGAAGGUUUGGAAAGAUUGAAGGGAAGAAUGUUUUCUACUGGUUUCAAAAUCAUAAAGCGAGAGAGCGGCAGAAACGUCGGCGUGAAAUGGCAUCGCAUUUACCAGAGCAGCAACGUGGUAGUAGCAGUCCAGCUGAGAAAGAAUCGGCCGUGACGAGGAGGACAGUGUAUAAAGUUAGACAAGAGAAGAAGUGGGCACCUCUUCUAAACUGCAGUGAGCUUAAGGAGGAAUCUGCGACGUCAAUGAAUAAAGCAGCAAUAGCAGCUGAAAGAUUCACACAUGGUUGGUGUGUUCAGUUUGGGGAGAGAGAAUCACAACAGCAGAGAAGAAGCACAGGAGAUAGGCGUGGUGGUACGUGGCAAAGUACAGAGACACCUUGUUCUCCUCCCAUCAAAACCUUGCCCAGAACAGCUACUUUGUCAGACACAACAAAUCUCUUAGACAGUCAUUAUUUUAUGUCAAUGACACCCGACAAAGAAGAUGUUCCCCAUCUUGGAGAUCAAAUUAGAAGCUGUGAAUCUAAAACUCUUAACCUCUUCCCGCUCCCCGGUAAUGAUAAUUCGGAUGGUAACGAUCAUGUUUCUAGGACGAACACCAAAGUGCCCAUCACGUCUAGGCCGGAUGACAGCUUUGCUUCAAACCAAUUUUUCGAGUUUCUUCCUCUGAAGAUCCGAGGAAAACAGCCAGCCGAUCCAUCAUGUGAUCAGAAUUAAACGAGUUCAUGCUAACCAGCUUGUACGUGUACAUGAUGAUGAGAUGCAUCGAUCAUGCAUGGUUAACUAGUAUUAUCUUGCUAAGUAGAGAGAAAGAGAGAUGCAUGGUUUAUAGUUCAGAUCAUUAAUGUCAGUAUUCCACUAUGCCGGAAAUGGAAAAUUAAUAGGAUUAUUCUGUUUAUAAUAUUGUAUGCAUGGUGCAAGAGUGCCAGAGUAGACACAGCACGUAGUA